UAGAUGCUGGCGAAAUAUGUGGGUAUUUUCAAAUUUCUGGAACCUAUAGGAUUACGAUAUGCUGUCACUCUAACCAAAAAAUAUCCCAUAAAAACACCUUCACUCCUGUUAGCAGAGCAUCUUUUGCCUAAAUUAACCCCAAACGAUCUUGUCUAUGAAGAAGUCAAGCCAGAAGUGGAAGAGUCACCGUGUAUUAAGGUGUUGUUAACGGAAGAUGUACCUGGACUUGGAUCUAUUGGAACCGUUACGUCUGUACAUAGAAACCGAUUUUGGAGGUACUUGUAUAUUAAAGGUCUUGCUGAAUUGCCGACAGAAGGAAGGAUUGCUGAAAUGAAAUUAAAACAGAAGGAAAGAUCCCCCAUACUUUGUGGCGAAUCCUACAUCCUUCAACAACAUCUGAUGAACAUGACGCUUUAUAUCCCGAUGAAUCCAUCGCGUGAAUGGACCCUGAAUAAAACCCACGUCAAGGUUGCUUUUAGGAAAUAUGGUAUUAUAAUGAAUGAAGAUUGUAUUUCACUACCAAAGCAACAAGUCACUCUGAAAAAUGCUACAUCUCCUUUCAAAGUUAGCAUUAAUAUCGAAAAUAUUGUCAACGUCCAUGUCGUGUGUAGAAUAUUCCUUUAUCAAAAAAUGGACCAAUCCACAUGCACUCAACCACCGACAAAUGUUUAUAAAAAGAUACACAUUGAUGACUGGUCUUCGGAUUUUUCGCCAAAUGAUGUCUUAAUCUCUCCAUUUUAAAGUGAAAGUGAAAUAUAAAUGUUGCUACUUACCUACCUACUGCUAAUUGUGGGGCGUUUUUCAUUGUCUCUAAAAUGUCAAUGUUCUGUCUGGUUGGUUUCAAUGACUAUUUUCCUCUCUCUGUCCAUCUCUCUCUCUCUCCCUUUGUCAUAAAUGCGUGUUUACACUGAUUGUGUUGUCCAUGUUUCCAGAAGAAAAUAAACAAUCUGCGUCGACGCCUUUCACAUAUACACGACGUAGGCAACUCCAUAAACCGAUUCAAAUUACACAACAUGAAGAAGGUUGUGAUGUGGACUGCAGCCUUGAAAUUAUUAGUCGAGUGUGAGGACAAAUACUCACCACCGAUGAUAUUGGCUAGUGCCAGUUGUGCUAUAUCGAGCGUCAGUUGGCAGAAGUUGGAAUUCUUGGGUUGACCAUUGGAUGGUGUCCCAGUGAGUGGUUUAGUGGUCUACGAGCUUGCUCGCCUUGUUGUGAGCAGAAGGUCGUGUAUUCGAGUCCUAGCGGUGGCUGGGUACUGAUUAAGAGUCCCAAGCACUAGGACGGUGGGGACAGCUAUCUGGCAGGACUCCCAGGUGGUUUUCCAAUGGUCCUCUUCUAACCGACACCAGCUCAUCAUGAUUUUUUUUCCCUUCACGUUCCCCAGUGGAACAUAGGGCUUCAAGCUGGUGGCUUGAAGUUUCUGUAGCAGUGUUUAUUUUUACAGGAUGGGGUUGCUA